ACAGAGCUCAGAGCAAAUAAUCAGCUAUAUCAAAGGAAAGAUCCGAGAUGAGAGUAGCUCAGACAGAUGGAUCAACCUGUUCUACUGUCUGAAUGAGCUGAAUCAACACACAUUAGUGGAGCACAUUGAUAAGUGUGCAACAGGAGCCCUGUCUGUAGAAAUGCUCUUACCAGGACAGCAGCAGACAAGGACAUUUAGGUUUGAGAUGUCAAAAGAUCAACUGGAUGAGUUUGAUCUGUCAAAAUACAUACAGACACCAGAGAAAGAUCAAACUGAACUCCUCAGUCCAGAUGAUGUUCUUCACAAACUGGUGCCAGUGGUCAUAAAGUCCACCUCUGCAGGGCUGCGUAAUUGCUAUCUGACAGAAAAGAGCUGUUCCUAUCUGGCCGCUGUCCUGACAUCACAGUUCUCACAUCUCAAACAUCUGUACUUGGGUGACAAUGACUUGCGAGACUCAGGAGUGGAACUUCUAUGUUCUGGACUCAAGCAUCCAAACUGCAAACUGGAGACAUUGCAGUUGGACAGGUGCAAGCUGACGGAGAAGAGCUGUUCCUAUCUGGAAUCUGCUCUGAUCUCUGACUCGUGUCUUGAAUAUCUGAGCCUGAAAUUCAAUGGUCUGAAAGACACAGAUGUUGAACAGCUCUCUAAACUUGAGGCAGACCACUUCUAUAAACUGGAGAGACUAGAGUGGCGGUAGUGAGCAGCGACGUGUGGCAUUGCCCUGAGCUGACGACAGCACACACACACACACACACACUUAAGUUAUUUAGCAUUGUAAAUAAGUAAAUAUUACAGAUUUUUGUCCUGUUAUGCCUUACUUUGCUGCAUUACAGCAAAAAGUAAUGCAUUACAGUAAUUAAUUACUUUUGUAAUUGCAUUACUGCCCAACACUGCUAGCAAGAUAGAUCACUUGUAUGUAUUGGUAAACAGUAGAAGCUAUAUGCAGUGUAUAUUAUACACAAGUAUACUUUAGAACUUCUGUUGCAUUCUGUUACAAAUCCAUCAUGUGAGGAACCAUCACAAUAAUUAUGUUAUAUCAGUAGCCUAUGUGUGUAGGCCUGCAUGUGUAUGUAUGCAUUUAUUUAGCAAUUACACACGUGUGGAGAUAUUACACAAUGGGAGAGUCCCAGUUGGGCUUUCACAUAAUGGUUAUUGUGUAUCAUCGUGUAUGUACAGUAUAUACAUCACCUGUGAAAUGUGCUUUAACAUGGCAUGAACCUUAGCCAGAAUACUGUAAUAGUUGACUUAACCACCAUAGUAGUACGUGAGUGGUAUUCAUUGGCACUGCCCUUACGAGUUGAUUAGGGAGGUAACGAUUUGAUUCGAAUCGAUUCAGUCCGAUUCUUCAAUACAUUGCAAUGCAUUACAUUUCUACUGAAAGCAACGGGAAUUUUUCAUCAGUCAUGAGGGAAUACAAUCAGUCAGAUACUGAACAACAUUUUAAUGGCUGUGUGCAUCAGUCAUGCAGUUUCCAAUGCUUUGAAGUGCUUUAAUUCAAUCUAAAGUUCAUUCGCUCCGGAAAAGCCCACAGAAGUAAUUGAAGCGUAUAUAAAUAUGCCACAUCGAUAAUGGCAUUUGCAAUGCAUUGCUUACAUCGCAAAGACUUACUGUCUCGGU